UUUCUCUCUGUCUCCACUUCACCAACUAACCUGGGAGGGCCAAUUCGGUCGUUCCUUUUGUAUUGCUCAAAUAUUGCUGAUACAGAGCGGAAGCCGGAAUCAUCAACCAAUUGUAUGCCUCACUGUUUCAUCAUUGCAAUUUUUUCCUCGUUCCUCUUCCCCCUCCCGUCGCAUAGAAUUUUGGCUAAUUUUAUUGCCGAACUGCAUCGAGUGUUUGACGAGUUGCAUUUCACCUAUCUGGAAAUCAAUCCGCUGGUUGUAUCUUCAAACCAAUUACAUGUGCACAUCCUGGACGUGGCGGCCAAAUUGGAUCAGUGUGCGGAAUAUCUGUUUACAAAUAAUGCUGGUUGGGCACCGGACGGUGUCCCGGUGGAAUUUCCUAACCCUUUCGGUCGAACAAAAACACCGGAGGAGGAACACAUUUCUGAAUUGGAUGCUCGCACCGGUGCAUCGAUGAAACUCUCCAUUCUGAAUCCUAAAGGACGAAUUUGGACAAUGUGUGCUGGAGGCGGUGCCUCGGUUAUCUAUGCGGACACGGUUUGCGGACUCGGCGCGGCUGAUCUGGCCAACUAUGGAGAAUAUUCCGGUGCACCGACUGAAGGUCAGACGUACGAUUAUGCCAAGACAAUUUUGUCCCUGAUGACCCGCGGCGAACCACAUCCACAUGGCAAAGUUCUAAUCAUUGGAGGAGGAAUUGCAAACUUCACCAAUGUAGCAGCUACAUUCAAAGGUAUCGUUCGUGCGUUGCUGGAGUUCAAGGAGGGGUUGAUGCACCACAAAGUGCAUCUAUACGUUCGUCGCGCCGGUCCCAAUUAUCAGGAAGCUGGCCCUCUCGGCAUUCCUAUUCACGUGUUUGGUCCGGAAACUCACAUGACAGCGGUCGUCUCGAUGGCCUUAGGCUUUCGUGAAAUUCCAACCAUGUCUGUCACGGAACAGCCGUCGGCUACCGAAGCGCUGCUGAAUGCCUCCAUGACUCCGUCAGUUGCGAAUACCGUGAACGGUACCCCAGAAUCCACGUGCAAAGACCAAUUGGACAAUCACCCCGGGGUGUUCACCGAUCAGUCCCGUUGCAUUGUAUGGGGUUUGCAAGCCAAAGCGGUUCAGUCCAUGUUGGAUUUUGACUACGCGUCCGAUCGGGACAAACCGAGUGUGGCCGCCUUGGUCUAUCCGUUCGGAGAAACUCGCCAGUUGAAAGUCUAUUGGGGUGCCAAAGAGGUCUUUUUACCCGUGUUUCAGGAUUUGAAAGACGCCAUGGUCAGUCAUCCGGACGCACGUAUUUUGAUCAAUUUCGCCUCACUGCGCGUCGCAUACGACGUGGCCAUGGAAGCGAUCUCCGAGUCCCAACUCACUUGUAUUGCCAUUAUCGCCGAAGGUAUUCCGGAAAAUUUCACUCGAGCCCUUAUUUGUCGAGCGAAAGAACGCAAUGUGCUUCUCAUUGGACCGGCCACAGUUGGAGGUGUGAAACCGGGUUGUUUCAAAAUUGGCAACACUGGUGGUAUGAUGGACAAUAUCCUGGCUUCACGUCUCUAUCGUCCAGGCAGGUAA